GUUCAUCUACGCCGUUCAAUUAGGACGGAACAGAAGCCGUGCAAUCGCGGGACAAUGGUGCCAGCGAGUCGCAUAUUUAUAAUCACAUUUCCCGGUGAACACAUAUUAACCCUGAAGCCCGAAUCUUUUCUUCCUUUCUUGAUUCUAGAAGAGAAAGGAAUCGCGUGGAGGUGUCUGAAUUCUCUUCGCAUCUUUUCAGGUUGGAGGCACAAAUGGAUGAACAAGUGUUAAAGGAGUUCUAUGUACCUAAAUACAUUCUUGUACCCGAUUCAAAGGAUGAGGUGCCUCCACGUCCGCCUAGUACUCCAGUUAUAGUGUUUAUAAAUUCCAAAAGUGGUGGCCAGCUUGGCGGUGAAUUACUUCAAACAUAUCGUCAGCUUCUUAGUGAAGAACAGGUUAUUGAUUUGGGGCAGGAGGCUCCUGAUAAAGUUUUGUAUAGGCUCUAUGCCAACCUUGAAAGGCUCAAAUCUAAUGGGGAUAUACUUGCCUCUGAAAUUGAAAAUAAGCUGAGACUCAUUGUUGCUGGCGGUGAUGGCACAGCAGGUUGGUUGCUUGGAGUGGUUAGCGAUCUGAAACUAACUCGCUCACCUCCGAUUGCUACUGUUCCUUUGGGAACUGGGAACAACCUUCCUUUUUCAUUUGGUUGGGGUAAGAAGAACCCUGGCACUGAUCGUCAAUCUGUGGUACAUUUUCUUGUUCAAGUAAUGAAAGCAAGGGAAAUAAAAAUUGAUAGCUGGCAUAUAAUCAUGAGAAUGCGAGCUCCCAUAAAAGGCUCCUGUGAUCCGAUAGCUCCUCUAGAGUUGCCACAUUCUUUGCAUGCAUUUCAACGUGUCUCACACACAGACUCUCUUAACGUGGAAGGUUACCAUACAUUUCGUGGUGGAUUUUGGAACUAUUUCAGCAUGGGAAUGGAUGCCCAAGUGUCAUAUGCGUUUCACUCUGAGAGGAAGCUGCAUCCUGAGAGGUUCAAGAACCAGUUAGUUAAUCAGAGUACUUAUGCUAAGCUUGGUUGCACACAAGGGUGGUUUUGUGCGUCUCUUUUCCAUCCUUCAUCAAGGAACAUUGCUCAACUUGCUAAGGUCAAAAUUUUGAGGAGGCAUGGCCACUGGGAAGAGCUUCACAUUCCUCGCAGCAUUCGGUCUAUUGUUUGCCUGAAUCUUCCCAGCUUCUCUGGUGGUCUAAACCCUUGGGGAACUCCUAAUCAUAGCAAAGCACGAAAUAGAGAUCUUACACCGCCAUAUGUUGAUGAUGGCAUCCUUGAAGUGGUUGGCUUUCGAGAUGCCUGGCACGGGCUUGUCCUGCUUGCUCCUCAUGGCCACGGUACUCGCCUUGCCCAGGCUCAUCGGAUCCGGUUCGAAUUUCAUAAAGGUGCGGCAGAUCACACAUACAUGAGGAUAGAUGGCGAGCCCUGGAAGCAGCCUCUGCCAGAGAACGACGACACAGUGGUGGUGGAAAUUUCACAUCUCGGCCAAGUAAACAUGCUCGCCACCCCGAGCUGCAUAUCUAAAAGCAUCUAUGAUCCUUGGAUGCCACCAUCUGCAAGCGGUGAUGAUGCAGAGAGCACGGAGGAUUCUGAUGAUGAGUCGAUGGAGGCAAGGAGGAAGUUUGGGGCUGCUGACACAUUCAAAGUUCCAGAGGACAUUGACAUAGCUCAUCUCAGCUAGAAAAAGGGAGGUUUUACCCGAUUUGUUGUAAUUAUUUGACUUUGCCUGGCCAUCGACUACAUCUGGACUUUAGUUUUGACUUUUUCGGGCCAUUCAAUCUUGUAUAUUUGAUAGAUAAGAUUUUGGAGGGUGGUUUUUCUCGAGAAUUUUUGUAAAAUGCAACGAUCACUUCAAUAAAUUAUUUCUAAAGCAUAGAUUAUAUUUGCUUCA